GCUGAGGUUGCAGUGAGCUGAGGUUGCCGUGAGCUAAGACUGCGCCACUGCACUGCAGCCUGGCGACAGAGCAAGACUACGUCUCAAAAAAAAAAAAAAAAAUUACCCAGGCGUGGUGAUUUGCGCCUGUAGUCCCAGCUACUCAGGAGGCUGAGACAGGAGAAUCGCUUAAACUUGGGACGCAGAGGUUGCAGUGAGCCAGGAUCGUGCCACUGCACUCCAGCUUGGGCGACAGAGUGAGGAUCUUUUCUCCAAAAAAAAAAAAAAAAGUAUAGUUCCACCUAUUUGACAGAUGAGGCCACUAAGCUCCAACGGGGAGCAUGCUUGGCCGAUGAGCUCACCUAUUCCUGGUGCCCCUGACGUUUCUGCCGGUUUCUUGUCCCAGCAGGUUGGGGGCGCCUGCCCCCCACUAGUCCAAGUGGAGGGGGUCCCUCCGCCCAAUGGGCCUGGCCAGGGCCCUACGCCGCCUCAGCGGCGCCCUGGAUUCGGGAGAUAGCCGGGCGGGCGAUGAAGAAGAGGCCGGGCCCGGGUUGUGCCGCAACGGGUGGGUGCCGGCGCGGGUACAGUCACCGGUGGGCCGGCGCCGUGGUCGCUUCGUCAAGAAGGACGGGCACUGCAAUGUGCGCUUCGUGAACCUGGGUGGCCAGGGCGCGCGCUACCUGAGCGACCUGUUCACCACGUGCGUGGACGUGCGCUGGCGCUGGAUGUGCCUCCUUUUCUCCUGCUCCUUCCUCGCCUCCUGGCUGCUCUUCGGCCUGGCCUUCUGGCUCAUAGCCUCGCUACACGGCGACCUGGCCGCCCCGCCACCGCCUGCGCCCUGCUUCUCACACGUGGCCAGCUUCCUGGCCGCCUUCCUCUUCGCGCUGGAGACGCAGACGUCCAUCGGCUACGGCGUGCGCAGCGUCACCGAGGAGUGCCCGGCCGCUGUGGCUGCCGUGGUGCUGCAGUGCAUCGCCGGCUGCGUGCUCGACGCCUUCGUCGUGGGUGCUGUCAUGGCCAAGAUGGCCAAACCCAAGAAGCGCAACGAGACGCUGGUCUUCAGCGAGAACGCCGUCGUGGCGCUGCGCGACCACCGCCUCUGCCUCAUGUGGCGCGUCGGCAACCUGCGUCGCAGCCACCUGGUCGAGGCCCACGUGCGUGCCCAGCUGCUGCAGCCCCGUGUGACCCCAGAGGGUGAGUACAUCCCGCUCGACCACCAGGAUGUGGAUGUGGGCUUUGAUGGAGGCACCGAUCGUAUCUUCCUCGUGUCCCCCAUCACCAUCGUCCAUGAGAUCGACUCUGCCAGUCCUCUGUAUGAGCUAGGACGCGCCGAGCUGGCCAGGGCUGACUUCGAGCUGGUGGUCAUUCUCGAGGGGAUGGUUGAGGCCACAGCCAUGACCACACAGUGUCGCUCGUCCUACCUCCCUGGUGAACUUCUCUGGGGCCAUCGUUUUGAGCCAGUUCUCUUCCAGCGUGGCUCCCAGUAUGAGGUCGACUAUCGCCACUUUCACCGCACUUACGAGGUCCCAGGGACGCCGGUCUGCAGUGCUAAGGAGCUGGAUGAACGGGCAGAGCAGGCUUCCCACAGCCUCAAGUCGAGUUUCCCCGGCUCUCUGACUGCAUUUUGUUAUGAGAAUGAACUUGCUCUGAGCUGCUGCCAGGAGGAAGAUGAGGACGAUGAGGCCGAGGAAGGGAAUGGGGCGGAGACAGAAGAUGGGGCUGCUAGCCCCCGAGUUCUUACACCAACCCUGGCGCUGACCCUGCCUCUGUGAUGCAAACUGAUGUAGCCUUUCCUUAUGUGUGCCCCCUUCCCCAAGGUAGCAAGAUGGAGAGAUAGGGCUCUCUCCUGGGAUGGGGGCAGGUGUUCCCUAAGACCAACAGGCCUGCUGGGUAAAUGACUAGGUGGUAAGGUUCUGCCAUGUCUGGUGACCCACCAUGGACAUACUGGACCUUAAUUUUAAUUUCUCUGCUUCUGUGUUCCCUCCUGAGACCCCUUUAUGAGCCUGAUUCCUGAGUCUCACCAGAGUUCUGGAUCACCCAAGAGGAAAAGACUGGUGGUUCUAGAUCCCUCUAUAUGGGGGCACCUGGAUUGUUGACCAGGGUGAGAAACCAAUGGUAUAGACUGCCUCUGGGGAAGCACGUUGGCAGUUCUUGAACAGCAUCAGAGAUCAAGAGUUUGUAGGUCUGUAUUUACCUAAGCUUCAAGGGAGUGUUGCUUCUCAACUCAGCUAACUGAGCAGCAAAUCAUUUGUUCUAGACCACCUAAGGAGGGAAGGUUAUGGAAUGCCCCAAGUAUGCAAGAUCAUCUUGAUUGACCAAAGACAAAAAAAAAAAGAAAAAGGAAAAGAAAAAGACCUGUGGUUCUAGAAAGCUCAUUAGUUGAGAUUCUGAGUCUAGGUUGACCACAGAGGCAAGCACUGGUGAUUCUAGGACAGGUUUGACCUGGAGAGUUGAACUACUCUAGAAACUAAAGAGUAGUGUUUCUAGAAUGCACAAAACGUUGAGUCUGUGGGUUUAGAAAGACUAAAGUAACAGAUUAGGAAUUCUUGAUAUUAGACAACUCCAACUUCUGGCUGUAGAGCACCCAACCAAGAGAAUAAGCAAUGCUUUGAAAGGAUCCACGGGGUGGGUUUUUUUAAGUGCCAUUCUAGAAUGUCCAAAGGGAAUCAGGAUUCUGUGGCUCUAGACUGAUCACAGAGUCAAGGAAGCAGUGGCAAUUCUAGAUGUCUGAGAUUUUGCUGGUUCCAGCUUGGCCAAUGGAGUUGAGAAUCUCGAUGAUGCUAGAUGACUUCUUGUGGUUCUGUAAUGCCAAAAGGAAUGAAGGCUCCAGGCAUCCAGAGUUGUCCAUUACCAAAGCCUGUAAGUUCUCAUCACCUCCAGGUGGACUUCUUAGCAGUGCCAGGAGGUGGACUCAGGACUUGAGAAGCAACAAUUCUGGGUUGACCUAGAAGUUGAAGGUUCAGGUGAGGCCCUGUAGGGCACAGGGCUAAUUAGUGGACAAGGGAAGGGAGAGGCCCAGGGCUGGUGAGUCUAGAAUGCUCUGGAACCCUACACCUAGUGAUGUGUGUCUAUUUCUUUUUUUCUUUCUUUCUUCUUUUCUUUUUUUUUGAGACAGAGUCUUGCUCUGUCACCCAGGCUGGAGUGCAAUGGUGUGAUCUCAGCUCACUGCAACCUCCGCCUCCCGGCUUCAAGUGAUUCUCGUGCCUCAGCCUCCCGAGUCGCUGGGAUUACAGGCAUGAGCCACUAUGCCCGGCUAAUUUUUGUAUUUUUAGUAGAGACGGGGUUUCGCCAUGUUGGCCAGGUUGGUCUCAAACUCUCGACCUCAGAUGAUCCACCUGCCUCGGCCUCCCAAGGAGCUGGGAUUACAAGCAUGAGCCACCAUGCCCAGCCGUGUGUCUGUUUCUUAAAGAUGUUAUACAUAUGUAUAUUAUAUAUAUAUAAUAUAAAUACAGAUAUCUAUUUUUUUCCCCUGGUCCCUACAACAGGCUUAAAGAUGGAGCACUAACUAAUUGGAAUGAGGUCCUUUUCAAGGACCCCAGAAGCUUUGCUCUAAAUCCCAAUACUGCCUCAACUUACUGUGUCACUUUGGACUCCUCUUCAUGUCAGUUUCCCCAUCUGUAAAAAUGGGAUAUUGGAACUUGAAGUUAUUCAGGGGCCUUUCCAGCAGGACGAGUCCUCACUUCACCGAGGGUGGGAUGGGCAUUUGAGUCCUGGGGAUUUCCUUCCUCUCCCCAGUGCUGGAUCCUACGACCUUCCAGGAGAGGCUGGGAUGUAAGAUACUCUUAGAGGCUGGCUCUGAACUCGGGUGUCUGAAUCACAGGGCAAGGGUAGGCGUGGGCUGUGGCUAACAGCCAGAGUCACUUCCCUGGCCCAACUUGGGGAUCUGGGGAGGAGGAGGUAGCUCUGGACACUGGGGUUCUUCCCAUUGUGGGAGAAUGACUGUUUUAGGGGGAGACCCGUCCCCCAGAUUAAAGAACUGGGAGCCCUAGA